AUGGGAAGCGGCUUCGACCUGGCGCCGCGACGCCGACGCCACGGCUUCCACGCGCCCUACAGCCUGCGGCAGCUGAUCGCGGGCGGGGUCGUCCUCGCAGACGGAGUCUUGUACGGCGCUGCAAUCGCGAUCAGCCUGGAGCCCACCGUCCCCGAGCGCUUGCUCACCGUCCUGUUCUACCUCCAGUGGGUCGCCCUCGCCGUCUUCGGGCUGUCGGCGAUGGCCAUCGAUACCGCGGACCCCGAGGUCCUGGACGAUGGCCCCGACGAGUUGAGGACGAAUCCAGUCUUGCGAGUCGUCGCCAUGGCUCUGCUCAUAGACCCUGGCGUCGAGAAGGAGCGCGACAGGCCUCACUGCACCAGAGGUUGCAGCAGGCUGGUCAACGUGAGGAGCAGGCACUGCUGGGAGUGCAACAAGUGCGUCUCUGGCUUCGAUCACCACUGCCCCUGGUUGAACAACUGCAUCGGCAAAAGGAACUACCGGGUCUUCCUCGUGGCCAUCUGCCUCGUGGCCACCACGCUCUCCACGCUGCUCCUCGGCGGGGCGGUGCUGCUCCUGCGCGGGCUCUGGGCUCCCCUGGCCGUGGUCUCCUUCAACGUGCCGCUGCUCGUGCUCGACCUGCACCUGGUGGGCUACCACUGCUACCUCCCGGCGUCCGCCUCGGUGAGCGACGGCGACCCGCUGCGGGCUACCGCGUCCGUCGACUCGGGGCGGAGCGGCUGGAAGCUCCCGACGCACUCGCAUCUGGUCGGCCAAGCCGAGGAGUCCUGCCAGGACCUCGCCGACGGCACCGCGAGGCUGGAGGGCGGCUCCGCGGGCCCCGCUGGCGCUCCCGGCGUGCCGGGGGCCUGGCCCUGUGACGCGGAGCACGCCCCGAGCCCCGCAGACAUAGUGUGA